UUUACUUGUCAAAGUGGGUGAUUGCAGAUCAGGUUUUUGCAGUCAAAAUGAUUUUGAGGGCUUGUGUUCUGCUGAGCUUGGCUUUUUGCCCUGCAUCAUUGAUGCCUUCACCAGAUGUAAUUGGAACUGAAGUCAGGAUUGAGGAACUGAAGGACAUUUCUGAGAUAAACAAAGGUUUAAAUCUUCUGGAGGGAGACAUCAUGGUGUCAAGGGAAAAGAGUUCAAUUCUUGGAAAUCAAUCCCUGUGGAAAAUCCCUGUGCCCUACGUGCUGAAUUCAAAUCUGAGUAUGAACUAUAGAGGAGUUAUACUGAGGGCAUUUGAGCAGUUCAGACUCAAAUCGUGUAUUGACUUUAAGCCCAGGACAACAGAAGAUUUUUACAUUUCUGUGGAGAAGGAUGAGGGGUGCUGGUCAUAUGUUGGCCGAUUAAAUUCCCGGGGUCAGGCUCUAUCUAUUGGAAACGGCUGUGGAUUUCUAUCGAUCGUUGAGCACGAGUUUCUUCAUGCGCUGGGAUUUUUCCACGAGCAAUCAAGAUAUGACAGAGAUAAUUAUGUGACAAUAAAAUAUGAAAACAUCAUAAAAGGUUUUGCGAGCAAUUUCAAUAAAGUCACUGAGAGUAUGAGUAGUGUUCAAAGCACCCCGUAUGACUACUUGUCUGUGAUGCAUUACGGUAAACAAUAUUUCAGCAACGGUAAGGGGUCCACAAUCAUCACCAAACAGCCUGAGUUUCAAGAUUUGAUUGGUCAGCGUAUAGAAAUGAGUGAAUACGAUGCUUUUGAGCUCAAUGGGCUCUAUAAAUGCAACUCAUCCACCUCAUUCCUGAGCCGCUGCAGUUUUGAUGACGCAUCCCUUUGUCAGAUGCAGGUCUGUUCCACAGUUAAACAUGGAUGGCGGACAGUGAGUUCAGUCGACGGAGUCAACGUGACCGACCACACCUACUUGGGCAAAGAGUCGAAGGGAAAGUCUCUUUUCAUGCACUUCAGUGCCGAGGGCAGAAAUGAGAGCGACUCGGCUCGACUGGAGAGCACUAAAAUGACCCCGACCAGAGAUUGCAAAAUUCAAUGCCUGCAGUUCUAUUACUAUCACAGCGGCAGUGAGUUUGACCAGCUCAACAUCUGGAUCAGGGAAUAUCAGGACAAAUCAGACAACAGAGGAACUUCGAAAAUUAUGGAUCAGAUCACAGGACCCCCUGAUAACCACUGGCGGCUGCACCAUGUGCCGCUAAAUGCCAAGAACGACUUCAAGCUCGAGUUUGAGGCUCGUAAAAAUGCUGGGAAGUCCAGCGGAGGAUUUUCGUUGGACGAUAUCAAUGUUUCACAGGCCGAGUGCCCCCAAAUAUGGCAGAUAAGGAAUUUUGAGAAGCUCAUGAUCGACGCACGGAUUGGUUCUUACGUAUACAGUCCGCUGUACUACUCUAGCGAAGGUUAUCGCUAUCAGGUUUUAUUGAGAAAUAUGGCCAAUUACUACACUAUGUCUUUUCGUCUGGUAUCCGGUGCGUUCGAUGGGCAGCUGCAGUGGCCCUGUCCGUGGAGGCAAGUGACCUUUCAGAUUUUCGAUCAGAAUCCAAACAUGCAAAAGCGCAUGUCUUAUGAGGAAAGCAUCACCACUGACCCGACUUUGACUUCAGGUGGCAGGUAUGUCUGGGACAAUCCUCGAUUGAGUGGAAAUCAAACCAUUAUUGGCAAUGAGAGUGUAUUUGCGGGUCCUCGCGUGAACAUCAACAAUGAUCAGGAUAUCAACAAUGAAUUCCUCUUAAGAAAAAACUUUGAGUUCAUCAAAGGUGGUGAUGUCAUCGUUCUCAUUAGCAUGCAAGAUAUCUCAGGGCUUCUUCAGACAAAUUCUGUAGCAUGCCCAACAGUGAACGUGAAAAAUAUCAAAGCUACUCGUAGUGAAAGUGACAAACAGGGACCAUGUUUUUCCAGUUCCAAUCUUCUGUCCUCUAUGAUCUCCAUGCCGGGUUUGUGCCUUUUGCUGCUGAGCUUUUUGUGAGAUAAACUGUUGUUACCAGCCUUGACUUUGCAAGAAAUCAUAAACAAAGCUUGGUGCAGUCUUUUCUAUUCAUUCUCUAUAUUGCUUAUACCUACAUGUGGGGUCGUGGGGUCAGCUUGGGGCUCCUUUUGUUGUAUGAUUGCUUUAUAGCACCUUGCUUCUUAAUAUAUUGGUGUUUAGUUAAAUAAAUGUUUUAUCUUAACAUUGCCUCAAUAUUACUGGAUGCCAUUAGGGGAAACGUUGAAAAAAAGCUCCAAAUAACAGUGUUAAAAUGUAUUCGUGUAUAUUAUUAAACUUUUUACAAACAUAAAUAUUGUCUUAAAGUGUACACACUCAUGAGCUUUAUGUUGAGUUUAGGAAUGACAGCUACACUGUAAGUACAUCUGUGAAUAGGACUGGACAUACUGAAUUGAUAAAAAGUUAUUUUACUUAUUUGUUUUUAAUAGUUAAUGAUGUCCUGGCA